AUGGCCAGCGUCAUGACCUGGGCCUUGCAACCCAACAGUAACGGCAUCGUCAACAUGGCACUCGUCCUCCAGGGCGGCCCUGAUGGUACGAAAGAAGGCACGAAGAACGCGCUUGCGCUCCAGGGUGCCAAGGAAGCCUGUCAGGCGAACCUGCCGUCGAAUAUGGGGUACCAGUACAAGAGCUGCAAAUUGAACGUGUUGACGCCCUCCUCCGAGACACAGGGAGCGUAUGCGGGGUUGAUCCCGUCCAAGGCCGGGGAGAACGAUUUCAUGAUGGCUCUAGGGUAUUAUCCCUCGAAGGCGAUUCAGUCGGCGGCGGAUGCGAAUGAGGGAAAGUUGUUUGCGAUCGCAGACUUUGAGUUCUUGCCUCCGGUGGGGAACAUUGCGAGCGUGAUGUAUUCGGAGGACCAGAUUGGGUAUCUGGCUGGGUUGCUCGCAGGCGAGGUCGGCAAGACGCGUGGGGGCAAGGUUGCGGUGAUUGGAGGAGUCGACCAGCCAAGUGUCCGGCGCCAGAUGAACGGAUUCGGUAACGGCGUGAAGAUCUCUUGUCCGAACUGCAAAGCCUACGGAGUCUACUCUGGCACAUUCGAAUCGGACGCGAAUCUCUCGAGCACGGUCCACCAGAUCUUCAAGGACCACGAGGUUUCUGUGGUUUUUAAUGCGGCCUCGAUCUUUGGGACCAUGACGCUCAAGAACAUGACGACGCAGGAAGGAACGUACGGGAUUGGAUCCGGGUCAGAUGAAUGGGUGACGAAUUGGGCGUAUGGAUCCGUCCCGGGGAGCGAGCACAUCCUGACGUCGAUCCAGACGGAUUAUACGGUGAUGGUGCGGUCGGUGAUGCAGUCGGUCCUGCGGGCGAAUCUGACGGGGGGUUCGACAGUGUUUUAUGGAGUGAACCCGGAUCCGGCACAGAGCGCGAUCAAGUUGGCCCCGGUGCAUGAGGCAGGUGGGGUGGUAACUAAGGAGAUGUUGGUGAGGAUGCAGGGGUAUGUCGCGGAUAUGGCGAAGGGACAGCUGAAGACGGGAGUCGAUCACAAGAGUGGAGAGAAUCGGCUGGGAGGAUCACCGACGAGCGUUGAGCUGCUGUCGCUGACGAGCACUUCGAAACCGGACAACGACAACGACUCGAAUAGCACGUCCACUGACGGCUCCCCGACCCGCAAGAGCAGCACCUCAUCCUCAACGACCCGAGAACUGACCGGCGACCUGACCAUCUGGGCUCGACUUUUGGUCGUGUUCGUUGCUGUCCAGGUCAUCGUCGUUACCCUAAUCGGCGACGUCUAA